AUGCCUAGAGAUAGAAUUUUCGUCAAAUUAUUCCUCGUGGAUCAGCACGGGAGUGAGGCCUACCAGAUGUCCACCCUCGUUCUCUGGCCUGAAAAUAGCUGGUUUAGCACCUUCCUGUACAAUGCAAAUAGAAGCUUCGAACAUCCAGGUCUACGAAGUGUCCACGAUACAUACCCAUGGCAGCAGCGGUAUUCUGUGAAGUGUGCUGUGCGCGACGGGGGAGACACUGUGUGGACACACGUCUGCGAUUCGAACUGGGUCACAAUUACACCUCAGGAUACCUUGGGAAUAUUCCUUCCGUACGUAAAUGAGGACGCUCAGGACGGGUAUGAACCCGGACACGUUGCAAAGGAUCUGGGUGCUGUCGCGAAGAAGCGUCCUCGCCUCGCCUUCAUUACUUGCGAUGAAAUUGCACCUCCUGGGGCGGACGGGAUUUUGAUCCCUUUCCCGGAGACUUACAAGGAUCUCUAA